AUGCACGCCACAGAGGGGAGCCGCAAUUCGACUUGCUCCACAGACAAUGGCUCGUUGCAUCAAGACACCCGUCUAACUCAGGUGGUCUCCAACCAAUCCGCCAUGUCCCAAAGUCCAAAACACAAGGAGGCCGAGCCAGCCAUGUCCCAAAGUCCAAAGCAGAAGGAGGCCGACCCAGCCAUCUGGCUAUCAACCACCGAUGCACCGGAUGCACAAGCUCACCUCGGCUCGCAAUCACAAAACUCGACAUCUCGAGCCGGCAAUCUCUCUUCAGCCGCAGCAGUUUAUCUCGACACCCUUCUCGUUACUGGUCAACGCAAAUCAUGGAAGUUUGACCCGAACGACACUGUCGAAGCCGUUCGAACACACAUCUGGCAGAACUGGCCCGGAUCGUGGCCACAACCUAAACCCGAGUCCUCUGCCUAUUUGAGACUUCUCCAUCUUGGUCACAUCCUAGACAGUCCAGACAUCACACUUGCUUCCCGAGGCUGCAAGGCCGGCGCAACCACCGUUGUUCAUAUCGUCAUUCGCUCCCUGCCCCCACCGGAGCCGGUCAAAGUCGAGCAGGAAUCGCCUGUCAAGACAACCACAGAAGCUCGCCCAGCGCAACGCCAUCACAAUUACAAUCGCAACCGCGACCAAGAGGACACGCCCGGCUGCAGUUGUGUCAUCUGUUAA